AUAAACUUAAUAUCGUGGUUGCUAAAGUUCAAAUUACUUUUCGUACGAUUCUUGCAUAAAAAAAAUAGGAAUUGUUCUUAUCAUUUCGUAUCAAAACCUUAUCAUCUCGUUUAAAUAAUAGAUAUCUAAGAGCCAAUAAUAACUUUACGAUUUGACCUAGUUCGUGCGCAAGUUAUCUCUUCAGUCCUAAUAAUUAACAUUAAUAAACUGUUCGUUUCACAAGUGUCGUAAACAAGUUUCAUUCUUCAAUUGGUUCAGAUAGGUUAUUGUCAUCUACAUUAAUGGCUCUGUAGAUCUGUAGUAGCCGAAAGAUAAAGUCGUUUAUUAACUGCUGAGUAAGGCAGUCGUACAGAGUGCUAAUUCUCUACAUUCCACAAACGUUCAACAACUUGAGAACAUCAUGAACUCGUCAGAUUCUACUCCUCGGGUGCUCUCCAUCCAAAGCCAUGUUGUCCAUGGUUAUGUGGGAAAUAAAAGUGCUGUAUUUCCUCUACAGGUUCUCGGCUUUGAAGUAGACUCUAUAAACACAGUGCAGUUCUCAACACACACAGCAUACAAAUACAUUAAAGGGAAUGUACUGAAGAAUGAGGAAUUAGAAGAAUUAGUACAAGGUCUAACAUUGAAUGAGGUUGAUUACUACACUCAUUUUCUAACUGGCUACUCAAGGUCUCCAGAUUCAUUGAAGCAGAUUGCCGAAAUUAUCAAGAAAUUGCGCCAAAAAAAUCCAAACUUAGUUUAUGUAUGUGAUCCAGUGAUGGGUGAUAACGGAAAAAUGUAUGUGCCGGAAGAAAUACUACCUGUCUAUCGUGACAUAGUAGUACCAUUAGCAGACAUACUUACUCCAAAUCAAUUUGAAGCAGAGUUGAUAACUGGCAUCCAAAUGAAGGACCUAGAUGGUGCUUUGAAGGUUGUCCGAGCGUUACACGAUAAGGGAGUCAAAACUGUAGUCAUAUCUAGCACAGAUCUAGGAGAUGAUAAGACGAUGAUCGGAAUUGCUAGCACCAAAGGUUCCUGCUACAAAAUUGAAAUGCAAAAGCAUGAUGCCUCAUUCACUGGUACUGGUGAUCUUCUUGCUGCACUGUUCUUGGCCUGGUCCCACAAGACUAAUAAUAAUGUAAAGCUGACGUUAGAGAAAACUAUUGCUACCAUGCAGAGUAUCGUUAAGGAUACCUAUCAGAGAGCGCGAGCAAUUCAAGCAACUGGUAAAGUAACUCCUGCACUCAUCGAGCUGAGGCUGGUCCAGAACAAGAAGGUUAUAGAAGAACCUGUCAUAGAAAUAAAUGCUAUUGAAAUAAAAGCACCGUAAGUCUGCAUAAUACAAAUAUCUAGCUUCAUUAAAUUAUAGUGACUCUCGUAAUACAGGAUGAUCUAAAUGAAAAAAACUUAUU